AGGUAUAUCAAAUUUUGGUUCGAUGUUACCGUCUCCCGGUGACGUUCUUACGUCUUCUGCUGACAGCCUGAUGUCGUCUAAGGGAGACCCUCCCAGCAAACCUGGGGGAUGCUCAUCAACCGAAGAAGUCCCCACAGGCUCUUGUGAAGGGGGAAUGUCCAAAGAAGACACAAGCACUGGUUGUGGAGAAGUCUCUAGCAGUUGUGGAAAAUCGACAGAUGAAAAAACUGCUUUGAUUAAGGCUAAAGAAAAACUUCAGAAAAUAAAAAAAGAAGAUGUUAGAGAGUUCGCCGUGAAGUAUAUAUUGCCGUUAUUUACGGGAGUUGUUGCAGGUGCUGUUGUGGGUGGUUUGGUAGGGGGGCUUGCAUUUAAAUCUCCUAAAUGCUCCACUUGUAAAAGAUAUAGCCCCUUGGAUACUAACCCAAGACCAGGCAUAUUUGAUCCCCUAACCCCAAAAGAAAUGGAACAAAUUCAAGAAGUGCUAAUAGAAUCGGGAACUGUGGAUAACUUAACUACUCCACUUGGUUUUAAUUCGUCCUAUGUCGCGUCGAUGUCCAUGUUUCCGCCUGAAAAGAAUGAAACUUUGAACUACUACCAAAACCAGAGCAGUUUUGUUGGCAGAUUUGCCGAGGUUCAUGUGGUGGGGUCGACAGAAAUCCAGAUCCUCCUCGUUGGGCCUUUGCAGAUCGAACCAGUAGAUGUACAAAUAAUGUCAUCACUUCCACUUGACUCCAGAAAUAUUGAUGUGGUAAUGAAAACUGAACUAGAAAUAUUCAUCCAGCCAGUGAUGACCGAGUUGAAGCCCAUCCUGGAAGAAAGCUUCGAUGGGGCAACGUAUCCUAGAGAUCUUGCUGUCAGCUUCAAUACUGGAUUUAACAAACCUGGAACCACAGGGCGUGAAAUUAGGUUUGCACUUCAUCUUCGGGGUCUUGGAGAAGUGGACAAAGAUCUGUUUCAUAUGCUCCCAGUUUCUGGUAUUGUCGCAUACAAUGGAAGUUCCGUUGAAGACUGGCAGAUGAAGGAACUCUUUUACUUGAACCAAGGUCCCUUUGCAAAUGCUAGUGAUCUUCUUGCUGCUUACAAUGAAAGUAGAAUAAAUAAAGUUCAUCUCCCCACAGGCUACAGGAACACUUUAAGUGAAAGGCUUUUCCCCCGGAGUCUAGCGGAGAAAAGAGAAAAUAGCGAGGUACCACCACCAAGAAGUUAUUCCCCUGGGACCCCGCGGUACAGAAUAAAUAACUACAACGUAACGUGGAUGGGCUGGAACUUCGCCAUUAGUAACAACCCUAUGCGUGGACUGGCAACCUAUAAUGUACAGUUUAGGGGGGUUCGUAUUCUGUAUGAGAUGGCGCUACAAGACAUCCUGGUGAGACAGACCGCCGACACCCACGGUGAAAACAAUGCCGUCAACCUUCUGUCCUCCUCCAACAUCGGGGAGUACGAGGCGGUGAUACCUGGCGUCGAUUGUCCGGAGAGAGCCACCCUGCUCAGUACGACCUACUGGAACACAGUGCUGCGAGCUGGGACAACUACCAAAUCUAUUUGCGUGUUCGAGGGAGACGGGGAAAUGCCGCUGUGGAGGAGGCGGGGAAACAGAUACGCUUCUGGCCUGAGAGAUAACUAUCUGGUGGUGAGGGCUACAUCCAGGGUGGGUAACCUGGAUUUUUCAGUGGAAUAUAGAUUCCAUCUGGACGGAAGUAUAGACACCAACAUCCACAGUUUCGGCACGUUGCAGGGCGCCUUCUGGAAUUCCAACAGUUCAAAUAACGCCGCUUCUAACAAGAGAAAUGCGUUUGGAGUUAACCUUGCAGACUACGUUGGUGGCAUGUCUGGAAGUCACUCGUUCAACUUCAAGGUGGACGUAGAUGUGGUGGACACGCUGAAUUCAUUUCAAGAAAUCUCCUGGAAACAAGGCACUGCUGGAACAGCACUUCGGUCAUUAAACGAUAUCGCGGAGAGCCCAAACUACUUUGUGACUAACGCUACACUCUACCCUUCAUUUGAAACCAUCACCGAGGAAAGUGGUUUAAUCAAGGCCAAAAGGCCCCAAGUGUGGCUUGUAUCGCCAUCCAAGAAUGCCUCUUACUCUGGCUACCAGCUGACAAUAGACGCUUCACUCAUUGACAUCAUUCAGAAAGAACAUCCGGGCUCGGGUAUGGCUUCCUUCACCAAGCACGACUUGGCAGUACUCCGUCGCAACGAGAACGAACAGUACUUCACCAUGCCAUAUGACUCCAACACUAUGCCCAACUCCAUGGUCAACCUCGAUAAACUCAUGGACCCGUCUGAGAGCACCAACAACACCGACAUCGUCCUCUCCAUCAACGUUGGCUUCAUGGACAUGCCGCGCACAGAGGACGUACCCGUGCAGCGCCGGCAGUCAGCUUCCUUCCACCUCCAGCCCUUCAACAUGUUCCCUCGUUCACCUGACCUUGACCUGCUCUCCUUCUUCCACGUCGCUGACGGCAGCAUCAAGGACAUGCCUGCUGAAUUCGAGAGCUGUAUUGAACCCAGGGACCGACUGGAGACCCAGUUCCCCAAUGUCAAUUAGUUAAUCCCGUGAUUUCAACAUUAGUAAUUAGUUUGAAGUCUUCCAGAUUCAUAAAGAAGUUGGAAGAACAUGAACACAUGACACUGUUUUAUGAAUAACAACUUCUUCAUUAAAUGAAGCAAGGAGCAAGCAGUAUCUCGAAACUUAUCAACAAAGAAUACAAGAAGUUGUUAUCAAUAAAACAGCGUCGUACAUUCAAGUAAAAAGCUGGCAAAGAAAAAUCUGCACAAGCUAACGGGAGAAGGGCGAGUCAUGCUUGUUCACAAUCUGAUAUAUGUUUUAUGUUCAGUUUGCAUGAAAGGAGACUAGCAGCCCUAGAAAUAUGGAUUAAAGUCAUUAAACGCUACUCUGUGUGUGUCUAUUCAAAUUGUAUAAUGUAUACAUAUAUAUCUAUCUAUCCUGCAUUAGAGAAAUGACCGUACUGCGUGCCGAAAAUCAGAUUGUUCAGCUUAGUGCCGCUAUAAAACUAUUCGAUAAGCACGGAUGUCUAUCUGAAGAGUAGGGAGUCUUCAAAUGAGGUCCAUCAUCACAUGUUUAAUAUUUUGUCCCAUGUUGUUUUCCUGGUGCUGACCAGCGACCAUCUGGAUUCGUUGCGUCUUUACGACAACGAUAUAUAGGAUCAUGUCCUUCCUAUAUCUUCUCACAAAGGGAGAAAGGUAUGGUGGCGUGGUUGUACUCCAAGUGGAUCAGGAUCUUUGAAGCUAUCGUACAGUAAAUGUGCCUCCGUUGACUGAGGUAUUCGCAUUUGUGAUCCUUUCAAAGUGCUUCUUAUGCCUCCACCUUACACCUGUAAGCUGAAGUCAACGCCCCCAUACCUCUCCCACACCCCACACACACACACACACACACACACACACACACACACACACACACACACACACACAGAUGAUAAACCACUCAUCGAGAGACAAAUGAUAAGUGACACACACACACAUAUGAACCACACACAUACAUUCAAAUGAUAAGUCACACACACGCGCCAACUACAAAUAAGCUUGUUCCCCAAACUGUUUGUAUGCAUGUGUCUCCAUGUAAUCGUGUUACAAUACUUAUAACUGUACAAAUAUAUGGUAAUCAAUAUUCCUUUGUCUGUAUAAAUGGUUCUUUUGAAUUAAUAUUUGAAUUAAAAUCGUUUUGGUUCCAA